AUGCACGAACAGGUUAACAAUAAAUCUUUUAUACAAGUCGGUAUUUGUUUUAUUUUCUAUUUCAGGCACAAUGUAACGUUCAAGACGGUCGUUGGUGAAAGCAAUUCUGUUCAACCUGAUAUGAUAGCAUCUUGGUUUGAAACCAUUUUAGAAGAUAUUUACAAUGCCGACGAAUUCGGUCUCUUCUACCAAUGCUUGCCAAAUAAAACGUAUCACUACAAAUCCGAAAAAUGCUCUGGGGGUAAAAAUAGCAAAGUCCGAAUUACCGGGCUUGCAGCUGCCAAUGCUGUCGGAGAUAAACUACCAAUGUUUGUGAUUGGUAAAUCGAAGAAACCAAGGUGCUUCAAAAAUGUAACAUCUCUACCCUGCAGGUACAGAGCGCAGAAGAAGAGUGGGAUGGACAGCUCUCUUUUUGAAGAGUGGGUGCGAGAAAUCAAUGCAAUGCUUCUAAAAGAAGGUCAAAAGAUAGUCUUGAUCAUCGAUAAUUGUCCCGCUCACCCUGAUGUCGGUGGACUGUCCAACAUUAAAUUGAUUUUCUUACCUCCAAAUACAACUUCUGUGUCACAACCGAUGGACCAAGGUGUCAUAAGAUGUCUUAAGUCUCUUUAUCGCCAAAAAUUGGUCAACAUGAUGAUUCAAAACCUAGAAAAGGGCAAAGAUCUUCCAAAAUUUUCAAUUCUGCGUGCUCUUCAAAUACUUGUUUCGUCGUGGGACAAAGUGAAGAAAGAAACCAUCGUAAAUUGCUUCAAGAAAUCAAAGAUUUCCAAGAAAGCUCAACAGAAUGCAACUGAUGAUAUUGAUGAUCCAUUUAAACAACUGGAGAAAGAUCUCACACAACUGCGUGCCAUUGACGAUACCAUUAUUCCUGCUGAUCUCUCGGCCCGUGAUGUUGUCGAUGUUGACCAAGAUUUGACCACAAUCGAAAAUCCCGUGACUGAUGAAGAAAUCCUUGAGUCGGUACGGCCAAGUACAGAUGAGAAUGACGAGGAGCAUGAUGAAAAUGCCGAUGUCAUCGAGGUGUUUGAUGAGCCAGUGAGCAAGCCAACAAAAUCAGAAAUAAACACUGCAGUGGAGACUUUACAAAGUGCUUGUCUAUUCACUGAUGAUGGAAAUGACAUGCAACGCCUCCUGCUUCGCUUUGAAGAUUUGUUUCUUAAAAGUGAAAUGAAAAACAAGAAGCAAACUAGUAUUUUGAGCUUUUUCAAUCAAAAAUAA